CCCUUUCUCUCCCUCUCUCCAGAAUUCAGACGACCUGCUGGUGGCUUCGGCCGAGUGUCCCAGCGACGAUGAGGACUUGGAGGAAUGCGAGCCGAGUACCGGAGGUGAAUUAGUCUUGCCCAUAAUAACCGAAGACUCUCUAGACACCCCUCCAAUCGCCACGCGCUCUCCUUUUAUCCCCCUGCCUCCCACCUUCGGCCCCUUCCUAACCGUAAUCGAGACCACCAAAGACACCAUCUCCCUCCCGGCUCAGCCGAAGCCCCCCUGCCUGACCGACCAAGACGACGUCGACUGCGAAGAGGGCAUCGAGGCCUCGGGGUACGCCUCCGGCGAGGUCUUCGACUCCAGCCUGCCCCCCACCGACGAUGAAGAUUUUUACACCACCUUCCCCCUGAUCACUGAUAGGACCCCGAUGGGCCGCCCCGAUGGAGGAGCCGCCAAAAAGCCCCACGGCUACCGCCCCAACCUUAGGACAGGAUUGCCGGCUUCGCCCUCCGGCCCAGACCUCCUGGCCUCUACCACUUCUCCCACCCUGCUCCACCGCAUCCCCGCAGGCAAAAUGAACAACCGCGAGCCCCUGCGGCCCCACCCCGAACACUUCCCCCCUCUGGCCACCUCCUUCGAGCCGGACAAGCUCAACCGCCCCAAAUACCCCGUUAUAACCUCUUCCCCCGAUUUCCACAAUCUGCCCACAGCUAACCCCACCGACCCCGGGGAGAGGGGUCCCCCCGGCGCCGUGGAGGUCAUCCGGGAGUCCAGCAGCACCACCGGCAUGGUGGUGGGCAUUGUCGCGGCCGCCGCCCUCUGCAUCCUCAUCCUCCUCUACGCCAUGUACAAGUACCGCAACCGGGACGAAGGCUCCUACCAGGUGGACCAGAGCCGCAACUACAUCAGUAACUCGGCGCAGAGCAACGGCACGGUGGUGAAGGAGAAGACAGCCGCGGCCCCCAAAACGGCCAGUAAAAGCAAGAAAAACAAAGACAAGGAAUAUUAUGUCUGAGGCCCCCCGCCCGUCCUAGACACCCCCCCCCCUCA